AUGGCACCUCUUUUGAGUCUUUUCUGCAUCUUGUACCUGGUCGGGCCAGUUCUCAGCCAGGACAUGCCUUAUGAGGAAUAUAUGGCCCAACUCCAAGCUUGCCCUAAAGAGUGUCGCUGCCCCCCCAACUUUCCUCGUGCUGUCUACUGUGACAAUAAAGGCCUGACGAGCAUCCCCAAAAUUCCUACACACACAUGGUAUCUCUACCUGCAGAACAAUCUGAUUGAAGGGCUGUCUGCAGAAUCCUUGCGUAAUGCCACACAGUUGCGCUGGCUGAACCUGAACCGCAACAAAAUCACUAGUGAGGGAGUGGAAGUAGGUGCACUGAAUGCAAUGCCUCACCUGGCCCACCUGUACAUGGAUGACAACCUCUUGUCUUCUGUGCCAUCUCCCCUGCCUGCCAGCCUGGAGCAUCUACGCCUCUCUCGCAAUCGCAUCUCCAAGAUUCCUGCUGGCAUCUUCCAAGGUCUGGAUAAGCUAAACCUCUUGGACCUCCAGGGGAACAAGCUGAUGGAUGAUGCAGUGACGGAAGUGAGUCUUAAGGGUCUAAGCAGUCUGGUACAAAUCAAUCUAGCAAAGAACCAGCUGAGUAACAUGCCUCUUGGCCUACCACCCACCACCACUCAGCUUUUCCUUGAUGGCAAUAACAUUGAGAAGAUCCCUGCUGGCUAUUUCAAAGGAUUGCCUAAAAUGGCAUUUCUCAGGCUCAACCACAAUAAGCUUGAAAGCAGUGGAGUUCCCAAAAAUGUUUUUAACGUCUCCAGCAUGUUGGACUUGCAGCUGUCCCACAACCAGCUGACCGAGGUGCCCCUCAUUCCCUCAGGCCUUGAGCACCUUCUUCUCGACCACAACAAGAUCAAGAGUGUAAGUGGCUCCACCGUCUGUCCUGUUGCCGUUGAAGCUGUGGAUGACUCUGUGAAUGACAGUGUUCCUCGACUGCGCUACCUCCGACUGGAUGGCAAUGACAUUAAGCCACCAAUUCCCAGAGAUGUGAUUCUGUGCUUCCGUCUCCUUAGGUCCAUUGUCAUCUAA